AUGAGAUCCGACCGUGACGACAAAGAACAAGUCGAUCAAGGAAUCGACGAAAAGGCAGAGACAAGAUCCAGCCUCGAGCGAGGUGAAGUGGAUGAGAAACAAGGAGGUCGACGUCCGACUUCCACAGAACAAGAUGCCAUUGAGCCCGUCACACUUGGUGAACCGUUAGGCCAUAUAGACACACGAAGAUCCGUCAAGCGCAGUUGUUCAAGAGCUUCCUCCGCCCGUUCGAGACCGUUAUCCAUCGUUCCCCGUUCCAAGAGACGAGGUCUGUUUGGGAGUCUCACUCUAGUCCCCGAGAUUGCCUAUCCCCCAGAUUAUAAAAACUCGACGAAAUGGGGCCUCACUUUUAUCAUUGCCCUAGCUACGGCUGCGGCGCCACUUGGAUCGACAAUCGUCUAUCCUGCCCUUCCUGUCUUGACCCGGGAAUUCAACACCUCUGAAACAGUUACUAACCUUUCUGUUGCGUUGUACAUGAUCUCAAUGGCCAUCUUCCCCCUCUGGUGGUCUUCCUUCUCCGAGCAGUUUGGCCGACGAACCAUCUACCUCAUCUCCUUUACCCUCUUUGUCAUAUUCUCAGUUCUCUCAGCUAUAUCGAAAAACAUCACCAUGCUGGUCGUCUUUCGCAUGUGCGCCGGAGGUGCCUCAGCAAGCGCUCACUCUACCGGUGCUGGCUCCAUCGCCGACUUGUUCGAGGUGUUUGAGCGCGGCCGAGCAAUGAGCAUCUUCUACCUCGGACCACUCCUAGGUCCCUUGGUCGCACCCGUCAUCGGAGGUGUACUGACGCAGGAGCUCGGCUGGCAGGCGACCAUGUGGUUCCUCGCCAUUUAUGGACUUAUAGUCUUGCUCAUGAUCCUCUUCUUCCUCCCCGAGACACUGCUGCGACGCAGGCCUGAGGAGACACUACCGACCGAGGAACUUAGUCGAAUGCGUACCAUGGACUCGGCCAAGGUCAGGACGAAGCGCAUGGCCAAGACCGUUCGUCGGUUCUUGAUCGAUCCCCUGCUCGUGGUGCGCUACCUACGCUUCCCAGCCGUCUUCAUCACUGUGCUUCUCGCCGCCAUUGCCUUUGGCUCGCUAUAUGUGGUAAACAUUGCCAUCCAGCAAAAGUUCACCCGCGACCCAUACAACUAUGGCCAACUGCUCCUCGGUCUGCUGUAUAUUCCGUCAGGUGCUGGGUACAUUGUCGGCUCACUCUGCGGCGGACGCUGGAUCGACAGAAUCAUGGCGAGGGAGGCUCGCAAGGCAAAUCGAUACGACCAGAAUGGGAAACUCAUCUAUCUUCCUGAGGAUCGGAUGAGGGAGAAUGCCUGGAUCAUGGUAACGGCGUAUCCGCUGGCACUGCUCAUGUUUGGCUGGACAUUAAGAUAUGGCCUGCCCACCCCAGUGCCAUGUGUCGCCCUCUUUUUCUUUGGAAUCUCAUCCAUGCUCGUUUUUAGCAGCGCGACUACCAUGCUUACAGAAUUCAUCCGAAAGAGUACAUCUUCAGGGGCAGCGCUCAACAAUCUAGUGAGAAACACUCUCUCUUGUAUUGGAGCCAUUGUAGCUGCGCCGUGGAUCAACGCCAUCAACGUGGGUUGGGUAUUCACAACCAUUUGUUUCUUUGCCUUGUUGGUUAGUUACACUAGUGUAUGGUUGCUGAGAACGAACGCGACAAAGUGGAGGCGGGCGAUGGACGAGGCUUUGAAUCAGUGA